GCAAUGCAGUCGCGCUAGCCAAUCGCGUGUACACGUGGCUUCAGUCGUGUACCAAUCACGUGCGACUGAACUGCGUGCGCAUAGUCGCGCGACCGCCGCGCCGCCGUGCGUCAGUCGGCAGUCGCAAGGCCUGCGACUCAGUGUUUCGGUGCUCUAUAAACUCGGCUUAAUCGCACGUCUUUGACAUUGAUUUCAAGGACCUACUUUAUUUACUCUGUUAGAAUUGAAAAUUCCAGAGAUCUAAAAGCUAUCGCGUAACGUUUGAGAGUAGGAUUUCUUCAUAACCUAUUGAAUAUGGAUCCAUUUAACGAGAUUUCUAGUGACCCUUAUAAUCCCAUAAAGUUAAUAAGGGAAAUUAAGCAACGUCCUGCUUUGUUCGACAACACCCGACCGAUAGAGAGGGAGGAAAAGUUGGAGAUGUGGAAAGAAGUAGCUGCGGCCAUUUACCCAGACUGGGGACAUUGUAAUAAGGCCACGGCCUACGAUCGAGUACUGCAACUGCAGAGAAAAUGGCGGUCUCUUCGUGACGCAUACAACAGGGAGUUGCGGUUUCGUCGCACGGGAACGAGGACUCUGAGACGCGUCUACCGAUACUUCAAGCAUAUGAGUUUCUUGGGAGGAUUUGAGGGUUAUGAAAAUAACGCUGCUGUUAGUGAAGAAGAUGAUGCACAAAGCGACAAUGUAUACCAGGAGACUAAUAGCACAGACGAUCCUCUCACACAGACACAGGAGAAGAAACCAAAAAGGAAAUACACUAGGAAAACAAAACAGGAACGUCAAAGCAUUGAAGUCGAAGUUGACAACUUGCGUGAUAAUGUAGACGGCGAAUUACCAAUGUUUCAUUUGUCACAUCUAGAGGACAAUGAGGACUCAGAUAAACAAUUUUUAGUGUCUUUUGUACCAGAAAUGAGGCAAUUACCAGUUCAUAUUAAAAUGUGGGCGCGUGCUCAUAUAGCUAGCGUGAUGCAGGAAGCAGUCGAAUGCCAUUACAAUAAUACAGCACCUAGAUCUAGUAACAGUUUCAGACAACAUUCAGAAUAGUUCUCCAAACUCUGAGAACUAUUCAAAUUUAGAGGAUUAUUUUAUAUUUAUUUAAUCAUCGACAGCCACACUUCAACCUCUGCUGGGUAUAAGCUUCUGAGCCAUCUACAACCCCUGAAUUUGACGAUUUUAUCUAUCAAUCUCGGUGCAGAAUAUCUCGCUUUUCUGUUGGCCACUACCCAUUUGUCAUUCACAUACCCUCGCAAUAUAACUAGUAGCGUCAUAUAAUACAUUAAUAAUGUCGUACAGUUUUUAUAUGUUUAAGCGUAGUUUUAUUUUAGAUUUUAGGGAUGUCCGUUUAAGUUUGUCUAUGAGACAUUACCAUACACAAGUAUAUGGAUGCGCCCAGUCAAUAAAAAUCAAUUUGCCUCAGGAUCUAUAUCACUGGGAAUGUCCAGCCUUACAGUCCAGACUUCAAGAGUAUCCAAAUAC